CCCUCGCCGCUAAAGAAGACGGUACCCGGAGCGGAGCGAGCCAGAAGGGAGCAUGGUCCCCGCGCCGCCGCCGCCGUCCCCGCCGCCGCGGAUCUAGCUGCAGCUCCAGCCCCGGCCCCGGCUCCGCAGCGCGCGCCCGCAGCCCCGGCGUCCGCCGCGCCUGAGCGCAGCCCCCGCCCGGAGCCCGAGCCCGGAGCAGCCCCAGCCCCGCGGCCGCCGCGGCUGCGGGGAGAGGGCGGGGGCGAUGCUGCCGGAGCCGCCGCCGCCGCCGCCGCCUCGGUGAGAGCCGCGCCGCGCGUAGCCGCACAGGCUGACAGGCAGAAGGACUGACUUCCCUCUCCCGGGCAUCCUCCCUGGGCUGCCGGGAGGCGGCGGCGGCGGAGGAGGAGAAGGAAAAGGGGGAGAAGGCGGAGAGCAGGAACGCGAGGAGGUGGACCUGGAUCCGUUUCUCCCGGCCAGGACCCGAGCGGCCCCAGCUACCGCUACCCGCCGGCGCCGUCCCCUGUCCAUCAGCCCUCCUGCGCCCACCCGCGACCCCCGGCUCUCUGGGCGUCGGGCCGCGGCCGGAGCGGCGCAGCCAGAGACGGUCUGGCCUCCUGGUGAUGCUCACACUGUGCUAAGUGUUGGUGGCCAUCGAGGCUUUUGCAUCCUGGGGACAAAUCCUGAGCUCGCCAGAGACGGACAUCAAAAGAUAUUCUAAAAUCUAAUCUAUCCCCUGGAUCUCACCAUCCGAAAGCCUGGGUACUUUGGUCGUCACGCUGUCAAUUCCAUUCAUCCCACCCACCCCCGGAAUGCUUUCGGGCUGUUAGAAGAUCUUCUUCUCCAAUCGAUCGUACCAAUGUGCUCAUAUUCAGGAUUUUGUGAUCUGGUUUCAGGGAGGCAGCAGUGCCUGCAUCAUUUCCUGCUCCUACAUUCAGCGGUCCAUCUCCUGCUUUGGAUUCACCUCGUCUCCUUACAUGCAUCCCUAGACCAGAUCUGGAGCUGCUGCUGUAUCGGCUGGCCCCACUCCUCGCCGGCAGCCCGUCACCUGCAGCACGACCCCAGGCGAGUUAGCUUUCUACCUGGCCAUCCGGUGCUUCACGCUGCCUGGGCGGGCACUCUCCUGUCUCAGUGCCAGAGAGGCCUCUGGCUUACCUGCCAAGACGGUCUGAGAGCCGUGGUUCCUGGAGCCAGACUGACCCUAGAAAUUUGAUUCUGCAUUCCAAAACAUCAAACAUCCUCGGGUACCACAUCGCAAUUGUUGGCGUCAUGUGACCUAUUCAAAACAAUGCAUGCAACAUUUAGGUCCGGCCUUGGUUUCCCUGUGAGGAGCAACCACGGCCCAGCAAGAUGUCCCGGCACCACAGCCGCUUCGAAAGAGAUUACCGGGUGGGCUGGGACCGCCGCGAGUGGAGUGCCAACGGGACGCAUGGGACCACCAGCAUCUGCAAUGCCACGGCCGGGGCCGGUGGCGGCACGGCCAGCAGCCUCAGUGCCCGGCCCGGCCUCCUGCCACUGCCUGGGGUGCCCUCCCGGCUGCCCACGCCUGCCACGGCCCCGGCUCCCUGCACUACGGGCAGUGGCGAGGCCAUCACCAGCCUCGUGGCCAGCUCGGCCUCCACCGUCACCACCAAGGCCCCUGGAAUCUCCAAAGCGGACAAUCAGUCCCAGGGACUCACGACCAGCAUCCGGUGGGGGCAGACGCCCAUCAAUCAGUCCACGCCCUGGGACACUGAUGAGCCACCCUCCAAACAGAUGAGGGAGAGCGACAAUCCAGGCACAGGGCCGUGGGUGACCACGGUGGCCGCCGGGAGCCAGCCCGCCCUGAUCGCACACUCCUAUGGAGUGACCCAGCCUCCCACCUUCAGCCCGGCUGUGAACGUCCAGGCCCCAGUCAUUGGGGUGACGCCCUCACUGCCUCCCCACGUGGGGCCCCAGCUCCCGCUGAUGCCAGGCCACUACUCACUCCCACAGGCACCCUCUCAGCCACUGAGCAGCGUGGUGGUCAACAUGCCCGCCCAGGCCCUGUAUGCCAGCCCGCAGCCCCUGGCCAUGUCCACACUGCCUGGCGUGGGGCAGGUGGGCCGCCCGGGACCCACUGCCGUGGGCAACGGCCACAUGGCAGGGCCUCUGCUGCCUCCACCACCACCAGCCCAGCCGUCUGCCACCCUCCCCAGCGGUGCCCCUGCCACCAAUGGGCCCCCCACGACUGACUCAGCCCACGGGCUACAGAUGCUGCGGACCAUUGGCGUGGGGAAGUAUGAGUUCACCGACCCCGGGCACCCCAAAGAAAUGUUGAAGGAAUUGAACCAGCAGCGCAGAGCGAAAGCGUUUACAGACCUGAAAAUUGUUGUUGAAGGCAGAGAGUUUGAAGUCCACCAAAAUGUUCUAGCUUCCUGCAGCUUGUAUUUCAAGGACCUGAUUCAAAGGUCGGUGCAAGAUGGCAGCCAGUGUGGCCGGGAGAAGCUGGAGCUCGUCCUGUCCAACCUGCAGGCCGACGUCCUCGAGCUGCUGCUGGAGUUCGUCUACACGGGCUCCCUGGUCAUCGACUCGGCCAAUGCCAAGACGCUGCUGGAGGCGGCCAGCAAGUUCCAGUUCCACACCUUCUGCAAAGUCUGUGUGUCCUUUCUCGAGAAGCAGCUGACGGCCAGCAACUGCCUGGGGGUACUGGCCAUGGCCGAGGCCAUGCAGUGCAGCGAGCUCUACCACAUGGCCAAGGCCUUCGCGCUGCAGAUCUUCCCUGAGGUGGCGGCCCAGGAGGAGAUCCUCAGCAUCUCCAAGGAUGACUUCAUCGCCUACAUUUCCAAUGACAGCCUCAACACCAAGGCCGAGGAGCUCGUAUAUGAGACUGUCAUCAGGUGGAUCAAGAAGGACCCCGUGGCCCGUGCGCAGUACGCAGCGGAGCUCCUGGCCGUGGUCCGCCUCCCCUUCAUCCACCCCAGCUAUCUGCUCAACGUGGUGGACAAUGAGGAACUGAUCAAGUCGUCAGAAGCGUGUCGGGACCUGGUCAACGAAGCCAAACGCUACCACAUGCUGCCACACGCCCGCCAGGAGAUGCAGACGCCCCGAACCCGGCCCCGCCUCUCGGCAGGUGUGGCGGAGGUCAUCGUCCUGGUUGGGGGCCGUCAGAUGGUGGGGAUGACCCAGCGCUCCCUGGUGGCUGUCACCUGCUGGAACCCGCAGAACAACAAGUGGUACCCACUGGCCUCGCUGCCUUUCUACGACCGAGAGUUCUUCAGCGUAGUGAGUGCCGGGGACAACAUCUACCUCUCAGGUGGCAUGGAAUCGGGGGUGACGCUGGCCGAUGUCUGGUGCUACAUGUCCCUGCUCGAUAAUUGGAACCUUGUCUCCAGAAUGACGGUCCCCCGCUGUCGGCACAACAGCCUCGUCUAUGACGGCAAGAUUUACACCCUCGGGGGACUUGGCGUGGCGGGCAACGUGGACCACGUGGAGAGGUACGACACCAUUACCAACCAGUGGGAGGCCGUGGCCCCUCUGCCGAAGGCAGUGCACUCUGCGGCAGCUACCGUGUGCGGCGGCAAGAUCUACGUGUUUGGCGGCGUGAACGAGGCCGGCAGGGCUGCAGGGGUCCUACAGUCUUACGUUCCACAGACCAACACGUGGAGCUUUAUCGAGUCGCCCAUGAUUGACAACAAGUACGCUCCCGCCGUCACCCUCAAUGGCUUCGUUUUCAUCCUGGGCGGGGCGUAUGCCAGAGCCACCACCAUCUACGACCCCGAGAAAGGGAACAUUAAGGCGGGCCCAAACAUGAAUCACUCUCGCCAGUUCUGCAGCGCCGUGGUGCUUGACGGCAAGAUUUAUGCCACUGGGGGCAUUGUCAGCAGUGAGGGGCCUGCCCUGGGCAACAUGGAAGCCUACGAGCCCGCGACCAACACGUGGACCCUACUACCCCACAUGCCCUGCCCCGUGUUCAGACACGGCUGCGUCGUGAUAAAGAAAUAUAUUCAAAGCGGCUGACGUCUGCAGAAAGCCCACGACGAGACUGGACAAGUCUGGUGAGGCAUGUAUGCUACUCACAGUGAUCAAUGUUCAGCAACACCCGCAAGAGGUUGAUAGACACAAUCAAGGGAAUCACUGCGCUAAACAUUUUGAAUACUCUCUACAUUGAAUGUAGAAAAUCAUCCUCGCCUUUGGGGGAAACGGGGGCAUAGCGCUCCAUGCAGCAGGAACCACAACCAUGCAAGCAGCUGGGCCUGGGGGCUCCUUCAAAGGCACUUGCUCUGAACGGAGGCGCUCGCUCUGCCCGGUGCAAUAGAGUUUCACAUAUUUUUCAACUGGGAGAGAGAAGCUGAUUUUUCCUUCCUGCAGAGCAAGCUUGAUCCCUAAACAACCAUAGAUCAGUUAUCCUAUGACAAUAUUAGGUGUCAGGCUCUCUUUGGAAUAAGAUCAAAGUGUCCUUAUCACUUUGAUUCCUACUUUUGUUUUUAACCGAUCUACACUUGUCCGUGGCCGAGAGAAGAGAAGGGACAAUACUGUGUGUGGCACGAGGCCUAGGAGGCUCCUGGUCCCCGCCGGGCAGAAGGGAGGUCCGGCCACCGGUGCCGAGCCCAAUGUGGCUGGAGCAGCCGUGCAGGGGCAGCCCGGGGACGGCUGGGAGAACCUUUGUCCCUCACAGGUUUUUCUACCGUGUUUUUGCUGGAGAAAGGACAGGUGACUGUGCUAGCUUUCUCUUGUCCGAUAUGAAUUAUUUAGAUUUCCAAGGCAUUUUCUUGAUAAACAAAAAGGCUAUUUUUAAGUACUGAGAGAAGGAGGCCAUGAGAGGACCAUGCAGGAAUUCCCAAAGCUCUUUGUAGGUUGUGCCGGAGUGGGGCAUUCGCUCUAAUUUUUUCUAUGUGCAGAAUAGAGGAUCUCUCCUGGGUGGGGGUGAGGGCCCCCGUUUUAUUUUUUAAAAAAUGUAACUCCCAGACAGCCCCAUCAAGAGCUGUGCCUCCUGGAGGCGUUGUCAAAGAAGAUUCUGUUCUAGAAGGAAACCAGUCCUGGCUCAUGACACCAGUCCGGCUCCCUCCAUGAGGUAAAGCUGAGGACCCAGGCCGGGUGGGAAGGGAAGGAGGAAGGGAGGGAGAAUAAAUGUCUACAAAGCACAGGAGACUAUUUUUGAUAUUUAUAGCUAUAUAUUAAGGCACCUGCUACAAGAGCUCUCAGGAUGGGGACAGCCUUUGUAGACGAGCCAUGACAGCCAAGGCCUGAGGGGCAUGAGCAGAAUCACUCUUCCUGUAGCAGACGAACCAGAGGAAGGGGAAGCCAGGAGGGGGGUCACACCGUGGCUCAUGACAGAAAGGCCUUCCUGCCAGUCCUCAGACCCUCAAACCUCACGCGGUGAUCAGUUUCCAUCCCAGGGCAAGAAGAGAGCCGCCGUCACUGCGCCGUUUAGUUGAAGUUGGUACCAAAUACGCAUUUACCAUUUUUCUAUCCAGGAAGUCAACUUGCCGUCAUUUCAUGAUAAAAACCAUUUCUAAGGAGAAAAGGACAGGACAUGCUUUCCACCUUUCGGUAUUUGAGGACACAAAAUUCCAAUUCUAACGUCGGGCAUCGACUUCUAGCACUACAAGUGUGGCUCCCACUCGGACAAGAUACCGAGCUUCGUUAUGCAGUUUUUAAUAUUAU